GAGAGGGGCCUCGCGCCGCCCUCAGCAGCCGGCGGCCGAGGCGGACGGAGCGGGGACGGAAGGACAGACCGACGCUGCCGAGCUGGGUGCCUGGGCAAACCAGCAAGAGCAACACAAGUGGUCCUAAAUCACCUCAGGGCCAUGAGAGGAGGGGUGGCCUUGACGUCAUGGGACCACCGAGAGAACUGAACCAUGUGAGGGCCAACCCGGGAAGGUGGAGUAGAUGAGCAGACACAGGAGCCGUCUCCUUACCGCCACCCCGCUCAGCAUGGAACAGAGGCGGCCCUGGCCACGGGGCCCGGAGGUGGACAGCCGCUCUGUGGUCCUGCUGUCGGUGGUCUGGGUGCUGCUGGCCCCCCCAGCAGCCGGUAUGCCUCAGUUCAGCACCUUCCACUCUGAGAACCGUGACUGGACCUUCAACCACUUGACAGUCCACCGAGGGACAGGGGCCGUCUACGUGGGGGCCAUCAACCGGGUCUACAAGCUGACGGGCAACCUGACCAUCCAGGUGGCUCAUAAGACAGGGCCAGAAGAGGACAAUAAGUCUUGUUACCCACCCCUCAUCGUGCAGCCCUGCAGUGAAGUGCUCACCCUCACCAACAAUGUCAACAAGCUGCUCAUCAUUGACUACUCUGAGAAUCGCCUGCUGGCCUGUGGGAGCCUCUACCAGGGGGUCUGCAAGCUGCUGCGGCUGGACGACCUCUUCAUCCUGGUGGAGCCGUCCCACAAGAAGGAGCACUACCUGUCCAGCGUCAACAAGACGGGCACCAUGUAUGGGGUGAUCGUGCGCUCCGAGGGUGAGGAUGGCAAGCUCUUCAUCGGCACGGCUGUGGACGGGAAGCAAGAUUACUUCCCGACCCUGUCCAGCCGGAAGCUGCCCCGAGACCCUGAGUCCUCAGCCAUGCUGGACUAUGAGCUACACAGCGAUUUUGUCUCCUCUCUCAUCAAGAUCCCUUCAGACACCCUGGCCCUGGUCUCCCACUUUGACAUCUUCUACAUCUACGGCUUCGCCAGUGGGGGCUUUGUCUACUUUCUCACUGUCCAGCCCGAGACCCCCGAGGGUGUGGCCAUCAACUCCGCUGGAGACCUCUUCUACACCUCCCGCAUCGUGCGGCUCUGCAAGGAUGACCCCAAGUUCCACUCGUACGUGUCUCUGCCCUUCGGCUGCACCCGGGCCGGGGUGGAAUACCGCCUCCUGCAGGCUGCAUACCUGGCCAAGCCUGGGGACUCACUGGCCCAGGCCUUCAAUAUCAGCAGCCAGGACGAUGUCCUCUUCGCCAUCUUCUCCAAAGGGCAGAAGCAGUAUCACCACCCGCCGGACGACUCUGCCCUGUGUGCCUUCCCCAUCCGGGCUGUCAACUUGCAGAUCAAGGAGCGCUUGCAGUCUUGCUACCAGGGCGAGGGCAACCUGGAACUCAACUGGCUGCUGGGGAAGGAUGUCCAGUGCACCAAGGCGCCGGUUCCCAUUGAUGAUAACUUCUGUGGACUGGACAUCAACCAGCCGCUUGGAGGCUCGACUCCAGUGGAAGGCCUGACCCUGUACACCACCGGCCGGGACCGCAUGACCUCAGUGGCCUCCUACGUCUACAAUGGCUACAGCGUGGUUUUUGUGGGAACUAAGAGUGGCAAGCUAAAAAAGAUUCGGGCUGAUGGUCCCCCCCAUGGUGGGAUCCAGUAUGAGAUGGUCUCUGUGCUUAAAGACGGAAGCCCCAUCCUCCGGGACAUGGCCUUCUCCAUUGAUCAGCGCUACCUGUACGUCAUGUCGGAGAGACAGGUCACCAGGGUCCCCGUGGAGUCGUGUGAGCAGUAUACGACUUGUGGGGAGUGCCUGAGCUCGGGGGACCCUCACUGUGGCUGGUGUGCCCUGCACAACAUGUGCUCCCGCAGGGACAAAUGCCAACAGGCCUGGGAACCUAAUCGAUUUGCUGCCAGCAUCAGCCAGUGUGUGAGCCUCGAGGUGCAUCCCAGCAGCAUCUCAGUGUCUGAGCACAGCCGGCUGCUCAGCCUGGUAGUGAGUGAUGCUCCUGAUCUAUCUGCGGGAAUCGCCUGUGCCUUUGGGAACCUGACAGAGGUGGAGGGGCAGGUAUCCGGGAGUCAGGUCAUCUGCAUCUCACCUGGGCCCAAGGAUGUCCCUGUCAUCCCGCUGGAUCAAGACUGGUUCGGACUGGAGCUACAGCUGAGGUCCAAGGAGACAGGGAAGAUAUUUGUGAGCACCGAGUUCAAGUUUUACAACUGCAGUGCCCACCAACUGUGCCUGUCCUGUGUCAACAGCGCCUUCCGCUGCCAUUGGUGCAAAUACCGCAACCUCUGCACGCACGACCCCACCACCUGCUCCUUCCAGGAGGGCCGGAUCAAUGUUUCAGAGGACUGUCCCCAGCUGGUGCCCACGGAGGAGAUCCUGAUUCCAGUUGGGGAAGUAAAGCCGAUUACCCUUAAGGCUCGAAACCUGCCCCAGCCACAGUCCGGCCAGCGAGGCUAUGAGUGCGUUCUCAACAUACAAGGGGCCAUCCACCGGGUCCCCGCCCUGCGCUUCAACAGCUCCAGCGUUCAAUGCCAGAACAGCUCGUACCAGUAUGAUGGCAUGGACAUCAGCAACCUGGCCGUGGACUUCGCCGUGGUGUGGAAUGGCAAUUUCAUCAUUGACAACCCUCAGGACCUGAAAGUCCAUCUCUACAAGUGUGCAGCCCAGCGGGAGAGCUGCGGCCUCUGCCUCAAGGCCGACCGGAAGUUUGAGUGUGGCUGGUGCAGCGGCGAGCGCAGGUGCACCCUCCACCAGCACUGUACCAGCCCCUCCAGCCCCUGGCUCGACUGGUCCAGCCACAAUGUCAAGUGCUCCAACCCUCAAAUCACCGAGAUUUUGACAGUGUCUGGACCGCCAGAAGGAGGGACGCGAGUGACCAUCCAUGGCGUGAACCUGGGUCUGGACUUCUCCGAGAUCGCCCACCAUGUGCAGGUGGCUGGGGUGCCCUGCACGCCCCUCCCAGGGGAAUACAUCAUCGCUGAGCAGAUUGUCUGUGAGAUGGGCCAUGCCCUUGUGGGAACCACCUCCGGGCCUGUGCACCUGUGUAUUGGCGAGUGUAAGCCAGAGUUUAUGACCAAGUCCCAUCAGCAGUACACCUUUGUGAACCCUUCUGUGCUGUCACUCAGCCCAAUCCGAGGUCCCGAGUCAGGAGGCACCAUGGUGACCAUCACCGGCCAUUACCUUGGGGCUGGGAGCAGCGUGGCAGUUUACCUGGGCAACCAGACCUGUGAGUUCUAUGGGAGGUCAAUGAGUGAGAUUGUGUGUGUCUCGCCCCCAUCAUCCAAUGGCCUUGGCCCAGUCCCUGUUUCUGUGAGUGUCGACCGAGCUCGUGUGGAUAACAGCCUACAGUUUGAGUACAUAGAUGACCCUCGGGUCCAGCGCAUCGAGCCGGAGUGGAGCAUUGCCAGUGGCCACACACCCCUGACCAUCACAGGCUUCAACCUGGAUGUCAUUCAGGAGCCAAGGAUCCGAGUCAAAUUCAACGGCAAAGAAUCUGUCAAUGUGUGUAAAGUUGUGAACACGACCACUCUCACCUGCCUGGCACCCUCCCUGACCACGGACUACCGGCCCGGCCUGGAUACUGUGGAACGGCCAGAUGAGUUCGGAUUUGUCUUUAACAACGUCCAAUCCUUGCUGAUUUACAAUGACACCAAGUUUAUCUACUACCCCAACCCGACCUUUGAACUGCUCAGCCCUACUGGAGUCUUGGAUCAAAAGCCAGGAUCGCCCAUCAUUCUGAAGGGCAAAAACCUCUGCCCUCCUGCCUCUGGAGGGGCCAAACUCAACUACACAGUGCUCAUCGGAGAGACCCCUUGUGCUGUCACCGUAUCUGAGACCCAGCUGCUCUGCGAGCCUCCCAACCUCACCGGGCAGCACAAAGUCAUGGUUCACGUGGGCGGGAUGGUGUUCUCGCCUGGCUCGGUGAGUGUCAUCUCAGACAGCUUGCUGACCCUGCCAGCCAUUGUCAGCAUCGCGGCCGGCGGCAGCCUCCUCCUCAUCAUCGUCAUCAUCGUCCUCAUUGCCUACAAGCGCAAGUCUCGAGAAAAUGACCUCACUCUCAAGCGGCUGCAAAUGCAGAUGGACAACCUGGAGUCCCGCGUGGCCCUGGAGUGCAAGGAAGCUUUUGCUGAGCUUCAGACAGAUAUCAAUGAGCUAACCAGCGACCUGGACCGCUCGGGAAUCCCCUACCUGGACUAUCGUACCUACGCUAUGCGAGUCCUGUUCCCAGGCAUCGAGGACCACCCCGUCCUGCGGGAGCUGGAGGUACAGGGAAACGGGCAGCAGCACGUGGAGAAGGCCCUGAAGCUCUUCGCCCAGCUCAUCAACAACAAGGUGUUCCUGCUGACCUUCAUCCGCACCCUGGAGCUGCAGCGUAGCUUCUCCAUGCGGGACCGGGGCAACGUGGCUUCGCUCAUCAUGACCGGCCUCCAGGGCCGCUUGGAGUACGCCACUGAUGUCCUCAAGCAGCUGCUCUCUGACCUCAUCGAUAAGAACCUGGAGAACAAGAACCACCCCAAGCUGCUUCUCCGGAGGACAGAGUCCGUGGCCGAAAAGAUGCUGACCAAUUGGUUCGCCUUCCUCCUGCACAAGUUCCUAAAGGAGUGUGCAGGGGAACCGCUCUUCAUGCUGUACUGUGCCAUCAAGCAGCAGAUGGAGAAGGGCCCCAUUGAUGCCAUCACGGGCGAGGCCCGCUACUCCCUGAGCGAGGACAAGCUCAUCCGACAGCAGAUCGAGUACAAGACCCUGAUCCUGAACUGCGUCAACCCCGACAACGAGAACAGUCCAGAGAUCCCAGUGAAGGUGUUAAACUGUGACACCAUCACACAGGUUAAGGAGAAGAUUCUUGAUGCUGUGUAUAAGAACGUGCCCUAUUCCCAGCGGCCAAGGGCGGUGGACAUGGACUUGGAGUGGCGCCAAGGCCGGAUCGCCCGGGUCGUGCUGCAAGAUGAGGACAUCACCACCAAGAUCGAGGGUGACUGGAAGCGGCUCAACACACUGAUGCAUUACCAGGUAUCAGACAGGUCGGUGGUGGCUCUGGUCCCCAAACAGACCUCCUCCUACAACAUCCCUGCCUCUGCCAGCAUCUCCCGGACAUCCAUCAGCAGAUACGACUCCUCCUUCAGGUACACGGGCAGCCCCGACAGCCUGCGGUCCCGGGCCCCCAUGAUCACCCCAGACCUGGAGAGUGGGGUCAAGGUGUGGCAUCUGGUGAAGAACCAUGACCAUGGUGACCAGAAGGAGGGUGACCGGGGCAGCAAGAUGGUGUCCGAGAUUUACCUGACCCGGCUACUGGCCACCAAGGGCACCCUGCAGAAGUUCGUGGAUGACUUGUUUGAGACCUUGUUCAGCACUGUGCACCGGGGCAGCGCUCUCCCCCUGGCCAUCAAGUACAUGUUUGAUUUCCUGGAUGAGCAGGCAGACAGGCACAGCAUCCAUGACACAGAUGUGCGGCACACCUGGAAAAGCAACUGCCUCCCUCUGCGCUUCUGGGUGAACGUGAUCAAGAACCCCCAGUUCGUGUUUGACAUCCACAAGGGCAGCAUCACCGAUGCCUGUCUCUCUGUGGUGGCCCAGACCUUCAUGGACUCUUGUUCAACGUCAGAGCACCGGCUGGGCAAGGACUCCCCCUCCAACAAGCUGCUCUAUGCCAAGGACAUCCCCAGCUACAAGAGCUGGGUGGAGAGAUACUAUGCAGACAUCGCCAAGCUCCCAGCCAUCAGCGACCAGGACAUGAACGCCUACCUCGCGGAGCAGUCCCGCCUGCAUGCCGUGGAGUUCAACAUGCUGAGUGCCCUCAAUGAGAUCUACUCCUACGUCAGCAAGUACAGCGAGGAGCUCAUUGGGGCCCUAGAGCAGGAUGAGCAGGCACGGAGACAGCGACUGGCUUAUAAGGUGGAGCAGCUCAUUAACGCCAUGUCCAUUGAGAGCUGAGAGGAGAAGCCUCACGUUCCUGGGAAGAGGGACCCAUCCAAGCUGUCACUGGGAGUCUCAGAUGGAAGGACAAGUGAUGGGGAUCAGGCCCCAGAGCUUGCUGUCCCCUGAGACCCCAUCCUGGGGAGAGGGGAGAGCCCCUCUCCCUACGCCAGCCAAGUUUCGUCACAGCCAGUUCCAGCCUGGAGAGACAGUGGGCGUCAUCCAUCCACAGUGAGAACUCCGGAGAACCUGGAGCCAAGAGAAGGUGGUUCUUCAAGCCGAGAGGCACGAGCUGGGGACAGUUCUGCCUCUGUGACUGCUGCUUUGCAUGAAAACUCAUUUGAUGUAUAUUGGGGAAAUAAUGAGAACUUUAUUUAAUUUUUUUUAAGAAAAAGGGGAAAAAAAAACAGAAAUAAAACAAAAAGCCGCCCUGUUAAUCCCGUCCAACUUUUGUUUAAUUCUGAUUUCUGUCUCCCUUCCUUCUUUUCCCGCAUUCCUCCUUCUUCAUAUAAUGCCGAUUCCCAAAUGCCAGAAAAAGCAAAGAGAUGCUGAAAGAAAUUGGAGGGAAUAUGACUGCCUCCUUUUCCUUAAAAUUUAUAUUAAAAAAAAAAAAAAGAGGAAGAGGAGGACCAGAAGAAUGAGCACAAGUAUGCACCAAACACUUCGCAAAAACAGGCCAGUAAAACCUGGAAUUAUCCCGGAAGCCAGAGGAGCAUGGAACCUUCCAGAACUUUGCACAGAUUGCAAAGCCAUCAAGCAGCUCACCCUGGCUGACUGGAAAUGGAGCUUUACCUACCACACACCUGCAUAUUCUCAUCUUUUGAGAGGAAAUGCGUACCUAGAUAGUACCAAUGCUUUUUGCUACUGUUUUUGUUUUGUUUUAUUUAAUCCUAGACCUCAACAAAUGAGGAGCUGGUCUUUGACACAUUUCCUUCCAAUUUCCCUAAAGUUACUAUGAGCAAUGGGGUGAGGUGGGGCUCUCCCAGAUCAGACACCUGGCUUCCCUGCAGAGGAUGGGCAGCCCUGCCUCAUAUCAAUCCCUGUCAUAAACCAGGCACCCUGGGGAAAGGACUUGGAGGUGUGUGGGCCAGGCCUCCAUGAGGCUCCAUUUGGAAGCUGAUUUGGGAAUGUGGGUAUUUGAUUUUGGAGUUCACUCCAAUCAUCCAGUGGUUACUGGCAAUCAAAAAAAAAAAAAAAAAUCAGACACUGUUUACAGCAAGCAAUACUUGAAGAGCAUAAGUUAUAGAAGCUGCAGUAUUUAUUAUUAUGCUUUCUUUCUUUCAUUCUCUCGUGCCUGGAGAGGGGAGACAACCCUUCGCUCGUAUAUGGAAGCUCCUGACUAUCUGGGCCUGCAGCACUUCCUCAGUAGAAAUGACUGUAGGGUGCCCAUGUUACUACUUUCUGCCUCUCUUUCUGCCUCUCAUGGACUUGUGGGUGUGAAGGACAAGUGGAUGACUUCUCACUGGACUCCUUUCCUUCUCUGUCUCUUCUGAUGACACCUAAAACUAUGGAUGACCAAUUCUUCUGAGUGUAGUUUCCAAACAAAGAGACCAAAGCUCCAUGCCCAGAUCCAGAGUCCCCAUAGAAGCCAGUAGAAGUCAUCGAGAGGAAAAGCGCUCUGUUGGUGUCAGGACCUUGGUGGCCAGGAUGGCCAUCAGAGUGUCCGGGCCUCCCACGUUAGCUUGGAUCCAAGCUGCCAGCUCCAACUUCUCUGCAAGCAGCACUGGAGUCGGGGUAGGAGGAUAAGUGGAAGCAAAGGGAUGGGAUGGGAGAAGACAGAAGAGGAACAAGCUGCCCUUCCUCACCUUUCAAAGGGUCAGGAAUCCAAUUCUAGGCGAUGAUGCUGGGAAGCUGGAUCAGCUCCUUCAAGAGAGACUGGACCAGGAUCAUUUUCUCUGUUAUUAACUCUGGGCUCCAGCGUCUUUGUGCCCUGCUUUACCUCCAAGUGGUUCCAAUUUCCUGCUGACCACAUGUGAUUCCCAGGAGAGGGCUGGGGGAGGGGAGCACAGAGGGCGGGCUUCCAUCCUUGGCGUGUAGCUUUGGAUCACUGUCUAACCACACAGCAGACGUUGCCUGGUCCCCUCAGCUCCAGUUUCUUGCCUGAAUGCAGCUGACAAAUGGGAAGAGAAAAGCAUUCAACAAAAUACUCAGGAAACUUGCUGUUUUCAUUGUAAUUCACAACCAGCCAUGCCAAGGCCACUUUCUUUUGAUAAUCCACUUCUGUUAAAGUUUCUUGGGCCCUAUUAAUAGCCUGAAGGAAAUGCUAAUGACUGGCCUUCCGCAUUAAGCCAAAGUGUUUGCUCUUCAUAGCACCCAAAGCUUAUCCGCGCAGAGCCCAUAAUUUAUGGAGAUGAAAGGAGAGGAGAUACGGGCAAGAAGCGUGUGAGCAGGAGACUCUAUGCUACCCAUAACAAAGUCCAGCCCACCCCGUCUCACUUCGGAGCUCUGCUUGAGUGAAGAUUUUUCUGGCCACACUGCUGCUCAGACUGGCAUCCAGACUUUGCUCCACCAAGAAGUCAAAGGCAGUCGGACACCUGAGCAGCAUCUCCACCAGCCCUUAACUCGAUGCAUUUACCUGGCAUCUCCUAGCAGUUACUUUAGGUGACCAUUCACUGCCCUGGGGCGUUUCCUUGAAGGUUUGUGGAGAGCGUGGAGAAUAAUGGUGCAGUGGCCAGUUGGAGGGUGGAGAGGGAAGAGCCGGAAUUGGCUGUGAGUGGUUUGGCCACAUGUCUCAGGAUUCCAUGAGAGAGUUGAGGAACUUGGGCUGGCAAAGGAAGUGGCCCAGUGCAUCCUUAAGGAAGGAACUAUAAAAAGGGAAAAAGUUGGACUCAAGCCAUGCCACGAGGGGGAAAGGUUGUAAGGCCCCAUCCCCUUUCCAGCUGCCCACCUGUUCCUCUUCCACAUCUCCUGGCUUUGGGCCACCAAGAGCCAGUGGAGUCCACACCCUUUGGAAUGA